AUGCAGUGUUGCGGUCAGGUCUUGCCUGCUCCUCACCCGCACAAAGCAGGGCGGGGCCGUCACCGACAGAAUAUUCACACGCCUGGGCGGCGUCGCCCAAACCCCACAAAGGAAACACCACGCACCUCCAGCUGCUCCAGCCGCUGCCUCACAGACUGCACAUCCCGCCGAGCGAGUUGGGUGGCGCAGCGCUCACAUCGAUCGACCCGAUCCCAGACGUGCGCCAGGGCGUCCUCAAAAAUCUUGUCCUCCUCCUUACUGCGAGACAGGGAGCGGGGCCUGGUGUGA